GGUUGUCGUAUCGUGAGGUUGGAUCCUAAUCCCUCAGGCUUGACUGCAUCACGGUCUCGGGAUAAACUGACAUGUCAGCUUUGGACGUUUGAAAAUGCCUAUUGGGGACCUUUUUUUGGACUCGGAUGUGGUUUUAUGGAAGGCCCGUCAGGUUGCACAUGCGAAGGUCAUAGUGCAUCAUCGCAGCCGCUGAGGCCCACCCGGACGUCUCGGAGCAUCACAAACCAGCAAGCCCGCUAGAUUAGCACCUAGAACUAGAAAAAACAAUGAACGAUCCCUAUCAGAAUAACGUCAACCAGCAGGGGAUCGAAACGGGCGAGUACACCUACAGCCAAGAUGGCGGUGGACAGGACGGAUACCCCUACCAAACGGACUACCCGCCGCAGGAAGAGGACGCUGCCAGCGAUGCAACAGAGGGCGCAGACGAGGACGAGCAGAUGUACGAGGGCGAGUACCAGGGCGUGCCGCACCCGGACGAGAUCAAGGAGGCCAGGCGGGCGGCACGCCUGGAGGCCAGGAGGAAGGCCAAGCUGGCCGCCCAACAAGAGGAAAACGAUGAGGACAACCUGCCCGAGCAGUACGAGACCAUCAUGGAGGACUGCGGACACGGUCGUUUCCAGUGGAUGCUCUUCGUCGUCUUGGGCCUGGCGCUUAUGGCCGACGGCGUAGACGGCUUCGUGGUGGGCUUUGUGAUGCCCAGCGCCGAGAAGGAUAUGUGCAUAUCCAACUCUGACAAGGGCUUGCUGGGUUUGCUGGUUUACGUGGCCAUGAUGGUGGGCGCACUGGUGUGGGGCGGUCUGUGCGACAAGAUGGGGCGCAGGAAGUGUCUGAUCUAUGUGCUUUCUAUCGACCUGAUCUUCUCCUUCCUUUCGUGCUUCGCCCAGAGCUACGGUUUCUUCCUCUUCUUCAGGUUCUGCUCCGGCUUCGGAAUCGGCGGCUCCAUCCCCAUUGUGUACACCUACUUCACCGAAUUCCUCCAGAUGGACAAACGCGGAGAACAUCUGAGCUGGCUCUGCAUGUUCUGGAUGUUGGGAGGCCUCUACGCCUCCUUCACCGCUUGGGGGAUUAUUCCCCACUAUGGUUGGGGAUUUGCCAUCGGCACGGAAUUCCAAAUGCACAGUUGGAGACUCUUCAUCUUGGUGUGUCUUUUUCCCGCUCUGGCCGCUCUCAUCGGUGUUGUCUUCAUGCCGGAAAGUCCACGAUUCCUUCUAGAGAGUGCACGACAUGACGAGGCGUGGAUGGUCCUGCGUCGUGUUCACGACACCAACUGGAAAGCCAAAGGCGAACCAGAAAGAGUCUUCACUGUGACCAACAUCAAAACACCUCAGACGCAAGAAGACGAGUUCAUCGAGAUCCAAAGCGACACGGGCACCGCCUUCCAACGAUGGACCGUCAGACACAUGACGAUGUUGCAACAGGUGAUGGCUAAUAUAAUGUCAUUAUCUGCGCCUGAGUUGCGACUGCAAGGCCUCUUUCUGGUCAUUGUCUGGUUCUGUUUGGCCUUCAGCUACCAUGGGCUUGGAGUGUGGUUCCCCGACAUGAUCAAGUACAUGCAGUUCCAAGAGUACGAAUCCAAAGUGCGUAUUUUCCACCGGGAACGCGUGGAGCAUUUCCACUUCAACUUUUCACUGGUCAACCAAGUGCACCGUGAGGGCGAGUACAUCCACGACAAGUUUGCGAAUAUUGAGAUCAAGUCAGUCAAAUUUGAAGACUCCUUGUUUGAGAACUGCUACUUUGAGGACAUCAAGUCCACCAACAGCUUCUUUGAAAACUGCACCAUCAAAAACACUGUUUUCUACAACACAGACCUCUGGAAGGAGAAGUUCAAAGACUGCCGCAUGGAGAACACCACAUUUCUACACCCUAAAAAAGGAUGCCACCUCAAUUUCCAGGAGGAGAAUGAUAUAAUCAUCUAUCUAGUCAGCUUCUUGGGCAGCUUAGCCGUGCUUCCAGGCAACAUUAUCUCGGCGCUCUUCAUGGACAAAAUCGGACGAAUCCGAAUAAUAGGUGGUUCCAUGCUGGCAUCAUCUGCCUGCACCUUCUUACUCUUGCUGAGCUUCAGCCAAGGAGCAGUCAUCUGUUGGCAGUGUCUGUUCUACGGUGCUAGCGUGGCAGCCUGGAAUGGAUUGGAGGUCAUUUCGGUGGAAUUGUACCCAUCAGCUAAAAGAGGCACAGCAUUUGGCAUCCUCAACGGCAUUUGCAAGUUGGCUGCCAUCAUCGCCAGCUUCAUCUUUGCGGCAUUCAUAGGCAUUACUAAAAUCAUCCCCAUCUUCUUGGCCUUCUCGGCGCUCGUCUGCGGGGGUCUGCUGGCUCUCAAAUUGCCCGAGACACGGGAAAAGAUCUUAUCUUGAAGAGAGCCAAACAUUGGGCCAACAACGCCGACGCCAAUGGGCCGUCUGACCACCGCCGACCUCCGGUCAUUCGGGGCAAACGCUGUGGAACCAGAACUGAAUGUUUUACAUUGCCUACGAGGACCUUCACCAGCUGUUCCCGUUACUAUCCUCAGGUCCACCUGGAUCGUGUGUGAAUGUGAAACUAGUGUUUGUCAUUUUAUUUAUAUUUUCCUCUCUUCAGUUUACACAUGUAGUCACAUCCUUUAAGAUACGCUUUAAGAAGACAAAAAAGCGAUUAAAAGUCGGUGUACUUCAAGUCGCCAUGUUGUGCUUUGGUUCCUUUCCCAGUCCGGCAACAAGUGAAAGCUUCCACCAGGCGGUACACUUAUGAUAUUUCUGUUCCGUCAUUGGAGGUACCAACGGGCACAGUGUGUGGAAAACAAACAAAAUGUCCGCCGUUGUUGUUUACCAUGUGGCCUUCUUCAUAUACAUUGAAUUUUUUGGCGGCUAACAUUUAGCGUUUACCAUCAAAACGGCAAAUUGGCUUCACUUCUUUAGUUUUCUCUUAAUUGCCCCUCAUUAGCGCUAGCUCCACAUACUUGCAAAAACAUUUUUUUGAAUCUGUUCAGCCGCUACGUUAUUGCGCUCUUCAUUUAGCGUACACAGCUGCAGCUUUCCGAAACGGAAUUAAAGAUUCAUCUCACUAAAUGUACCGCCUGGUGGAAACUGUUCAACAAACAACAACUGAUAGUCCGGAAAUUUCCUGUUUAUCCUGCACUUGUGUUCUGUUUUGUAUAUCACGCCUAGCUUAUUUUCUGUUUGAGUUUAGUUUAAGCUAUCUGGUCCUCCGAGUUUUUUAACCAAUUUUGUCGUCAAGUUGUGUCAUGUAGUCCUAACAUUUUUUUCCCCUCCAAUGUCACAUGUGUAUUUGCAUGCGUGAUUUUUUUUUUUUUUUUUUAACGGAAAUGACUCCACUGUGUCUAUUAGUGUUUUUUUUUUUUUUUGUUAUAAUGUCCUCACUGUAACAUUGUUAUGACUGACAAAGAACAUUCUUACACAAACCUGCUGCGUUUCUGACAACAUGUGUCAAUAUUUCUGAGGAGCGUGUGACUUUUUUUUUUUGUUUCUUGCCAUGUAUGUGUGCGUGAUUUUACUUUAACACAAUAGUCAAGGAAUGUGAUACUCGUGCUUGUAUAUAAUAGACCUGUGUAAAUUAGAUGUAACAUAGAACUUCUGUCAUGACUUGAAUAAAGACAAGGGGUGUCGGUUCA